AUGAACCAAACAGAAAACAUAAACAUCACCUCAACCCACACUCCUACAGCCGCGAAGCCGACGCUGAGCACAAGCGACAUUAUCACUCUAGUUGUCGGCAUUGUUGGUAUUGCCAUCGCCCUCGUCGCUGUUGCUCUUCAGAUCUGGGAAUGCUAUGGUAGAAGAAUGAAGGGUCUCGACAGGCUCCAGAACCAGAAUCAGAACCCAUCUCUGGAUUCCGCCGAAACCAACCAAUUACAAACACUUCCUGGCCAACAACCAUUGCCUACACCACCGCCAUCUGCUCAUACUCAUGGGCCGUGUUCUUCCCACACCACAUAUACACCUUGUCCACGCACUCCUACCACUCUCAGCUCUUUUCAUACCCAGGAUAUACCAAUAGUGGACCAGAUAUGCGAUUACCGCGAGGAACGAGCAGGAGCGACGUGUGCAGUGCUUACUACUCCUACUCGUCAAAAAAUGAAGUCUAUAGAUUAA